CGUAUAUACCCUAAAUUUAAUUGUAGAAGCACUUUAAAUUUCAAAGUGGUUCUGUUUGAAUGUGGCAUACACGACAUUCUCAGUGGAAUUCAUUUAUGGCGGAUGACGUCUGAUUCAUCUGAUUUUUAUCUUUCAUAAUUUGUUAUAUUCCGUUAAACCUCCAGUGAAGAUCUUUGUAACGAAAGCGGAGAAUAAAAUGGCUUUCAAUAAAUUUAACAUUCCAGCUUCAGGGCAGAUGAUUCCAUCGCAAAAUCAAGGUAACUUCAGUCAAAUACCAGCAUCAUUUCAACAGAUGGGAGGUUUUCAACUCGGACAACCAUAUGGUGUUCAGAGUUUUGGUCCUCAUCAAGGCCAGAGGUUUGCUGGUCCUCUUCCUGGAUAUCAGACAGGGUUACCCAUGGGAUCUCAAAUGAGUCAACAAAUGGGUCCUCAAAUGAACUCACAUGUGAGGUCUCAAACGGAACCUCAAAUGGUAAAUGUACCUCAGAAUGGUCUUCAAAUUGGAGGAUUUCCAUCAAAUGUGCAGCUGGGUCACCAGUUUCCAAAGCAGCAACAAAUGAGGAUGGAUCAGCAAAGAAAACAAGCUGAAGAAAAUGCUAAGAAACAAGAGGAGCUAAUCAAGAAAAAGCAAUUUGAGGCUCAACAACGCAAACGUCAGCAGUCUUUCACUGCCAAAAAAUUGUCAAACCCAGAUGCUUUAAACAGCUUGUUUGGUAAAAACAAAAAUAGUGGAAAUUCGUCAAUUGCUGAUUUAAUUGGGCCCCUUGGCAAGGAGUCAGAAUCCAAGUUACAAGCAAAAAAAGCAUCCAGCAUAUUUUCCCGGCCUGGUGGCAGUGCCACAAGUCAGUCUUCAAAUCCCACUCAAGGCCAGUGGGGUUCAGGAUUUAUGACUUCAGGACAUUUGAAUCCCCAAGAGGGUCUGGUAAGCGAAGUGACAUCUAAUAAGCAACCUGAUGACAUGGAUGACUUUGGGGACUUUUCACAAGGACCAUCUUUUCCAGCCCAAAGUGGUGGUGGUGGUGAUGCAGAUUUCAGUGACUUUCAGGGAGCAGCUCAAGUAAUGGCACAGGGUGGAGGUAGUUCCUUUCAUGCUAUGGGUUCAGGUGCACCAGCCUCUCCUAAUGUUGGUGGCAACAUGAAUGUGUUUUCUCAAAGUCAGUUAUUCCAUGGUACUAUUGGAGAACCAUCCAGGAACAUUUUUGCCACCAGUUCUGCAAAUCAAAUUCAGCACAACAGUUUUCCACCUACACAAAAUAUGUCAGCAACUUUAUCUUUGCAUGGAGUGCAAACAACAGGUGUCUGUGCUCCAACUGCAACCUCAUGGGUUGGACCUUCUGAUGUUGCUCAAGGGAGCCAGGUGCCUCUUUUUGUGGGAGAUUCCAGUCACAGAAGCAGAAGCAUACACAGUGUAUCUACCCAAGGAGGUCAUAUAACCCAGCUUGUGGGGACUAGUGCAUCAGAGAUGGUUUCCAAUGUUGCCAAGAAUACACCAAGUGGAGGAACAAUGCCACUAACAGACACACAUCAUAAGCAAAUUGGCAUUGGAAAUCAGCAAGGCACAACCUUCCCAAUAAGCAAAUUAGCCCCAGAUAAUGUUUAUCCAUCACCUACUAUUGGCCAUUAUGGAGGUGAAACUGGUGGAGAGUCUAACUUGCAACAACAUUCAACAGAAUCUACCCAGGAAACAGAUACUGAAGCUGAAGACACAACUGAAAGGAAACUAGAGCUGUUGUAUGGUGUAAGUCUUCCUGAGUGGUGUGUUCAUGGUACAGACCUUCCAGGAAUUUAUAAAGAGAUAGCAGAGAGAACAAGCAAUCCAUGUGAUGAUCUUAUUGACACUAGUGGUUUGUUUCCCAUCCUCAUGGCUUCUGAUCUUCCUCGUGACCAGCUUGGUCAUAUUUGGAACCAAGCUAAUAGAGCAGUUCCAGGUCAGCUUAACAUGUUGGAACUGAGAAUUGUGUUAGGAUUGGUUGCUCUGGGUCAGGCUGGUUUAAAAACAGAACGGCUAACUCUUGAGAAGUUGGGAACUUGUAAGGCUGCUCCUAUUCCAUCCAUUCCUGAGGAUGUGUUGCAGAAUAAAGGGCGAGGCUGGAGUUUCUCAGAGUCGUUACAUGAAGAGUCCAAAGAUAGGGGAUCUUUAGAGGAAAAUGUAUCAAUAGGACAUCUUAGUGGUGCCUCCAGCAAUCAGACCAUUGAUCCAAAUGACAGGUAUAGUGUAUUUAGGGCUGUUUCUCAACCUGAUGUGAGCAACAUUGCAGCAUCACCUUCAGUGGAGUCCAAUGAAAGAUUUGGCGUAUUCCAAUCCUCUGAACAACCUGCUGUUAAUGCUCAGCUACAAAGUGGCGGAGUACCUCUAUUUCAAGCUGGUUUUGGGUGGAACAAAAAAGAAGAUGGCAAUACUAAUGAACACUUUCCUAAGGAGGAUGAGUUUGGUGAUUUCCAAGGCCAGACUUACCAGAAUAAAAGUCUACAACAGGAUGACUUGGGAAAUUUCAAGAGCAAGGCAACUUUAUUUAGCAUGACAACUGAGGUGAACAAAAACUCCAGCCAAAUAAAAGAUAAUGAUUUUGGUAGUUUCCAGACAGGAAGUAGUCAGACAAGUCUAGGUUUCAGUGAUCCUCCUAUGCUUACUUCAAAGUCCUCAGAGGAGGAUUUUGGUGAGUUCCAGACUGGGAAGCAAUCUGAGACUUUUCAUGCUGCUCCUUUGCAAGAGUCAAAAAAACAAGACCAGCUGCAAACCACUGUACAAGAAUUUGAAAAUUUCAAAGGGAGUGGAAACCUUGACAACAAGAUUAAGACAUGUGAAGUAAAGGAAGUUGAAUUACCUCCCAGAGCAGCUCUCAGUAACUCUUCUGAGUUUGCAAUAAGCAAUGGUGACAACAACCUGGUGGGAAUGAAUGACUUUGGUAACUUUCAGCAUAGUCCAGGACCGAUUUCUAACAAAAGUGGUGUAAGUUCUAGUUCUCAUGGUACUGAAAAGCUUGCUUCAGCCCUGGAAAAGUUUAAACUCUCCAGUCAUUCUCCGCCAUCUGGUUUUGGAGGUGUUGAAAGUCAAAGCUUGCCAAGAUUUGAAGAUGGAGGAAGAAAAUUAACUGAAAGAAAAGAACAGGUUGAUAAUACCAAGCAGGAGUCCAAAGGAAACCAGAGCAGCUUUGUAGGUUUUCCAAUGUUGGUCAGUGACCCUCCUCAAACCACUUGUUUGACUAAGAAAACUGAGGACAGAUAUGGUGCCAUUAGAGAUGCUGAUUUUAGCUCUGGAGAUGGAAUUUUCAAUGUUCAGCAGACAGCAGUGAUGGAAGGUGCAUUGGAUGAUGAUGGAUUUGCUGAUUUUGGAGGCUUUGAGGUAGCUGACCAAUUUAAGUCUGGGAACAACAAUGACUUUGGGGAAUUUAAAUCUACAGAUGCUUUACAGAGUCAGUCCUUUGGUGUGUUUGGAAAUGCUCAACUGGAUCCACAGCCUACAACAGCUUCUGUUGAAAAUCAUAAUAAUGAUUUUGGUAGUUUUAACUCAUUUGGCAAGACAAAUCUGGCUAAACCUGAACCUGGAAAAGAUGAUCAUGAUGAAUUUGGGGCAUUUGGGUCAUUUGUUACAGGUCCAUCAAAUGCUAGCAGCAGCAGACCAUGUUCCUCUUCUAAUAGUGACUCACUCAUUAACUCAGUGUCAUUGGAGCCUACAGAACGUUACAAGGUCCUUUCACAUGAUUCUGGGGAUGUGGAUCAACAUGCAAACGCAUGGAGCCGUUGUCUUAACAGCUGCCUUUUAACAUUGGCAACCGCUACAUUGUCAAUUCAGAAAAUGGUUGAGCAAUCUGUGAAGGAGGAGGUCCUGGGGUCCAAAGAAGGAGCCACAUAUUUUUCAGCCAUAGUUGAAAUUUACAGAGUUACACUAAGGAUAAAUGCAUCAGUAACCAAAUCAGCACCAAAUAACACAAAGCUGAAAGAUAUCCACCAGGAGAUUGAGAGCACAUGGAAAAACAUUGCAAACUUCCUUUCUGGUUCCACCCUUUCACCACCAAGGAGUAGUUUAGAUUUCUCAACCCAUCAUGUCUCAGUUAGUGAAGAUGGACGUUCAGCUUGUGGAAUUUGUCUUUUGAAUGUUGACAAGGGUUCACAAGAUUCAUCCAAACACAGUGAUGGGAAACUCACAUAUGGAGGCAGACAGUACCAUUGCACAUGUGCAAACUUUUGGUGUAAUAGAGUGGAUUCUGUUCUUCCUGCUCUGUUGCCAAUUAACAGUUUAAUAUAACCAGUUGUUUUUACUGGCCAUGAAUGACAUCAAU